UUUAUGGAGCUAAAACGCGAAAGUCAAGCUAGCUAACAGGAGGCCAUGGUUUGCUGACGUGAUAGUGCAAGCUAAAAAUAAACUUGAAGCUGAAAGUCUCCCAAUCGAUUGCUAGUGUGCUAACUGCAGAGUGUCGGUCAGACAAACCAAAAUGAGUCUGGAUAAAGCAAAGCUAUGCGAUUCGUUACUAAAUUGGCUACAAACAUUUCAGGUGCCAUCAUGCACCAGCAAGGAGGACCUGAUGAGCGGAGUGGCUAUUGCACACGUUCUACACAGGAUAGACCCCUCCUGGUUUAAUGAGGCAUGGCUGGGCAGGAUCAAGGAGGAGAGUGAGGCCAACUGGCGCCUCAAGGUCAGCAACCUGAAGAAGAUUCUUCAGAGCAUGCUUGAGUAUUACCAUGAUGUGCUUGGCCACCAGGUAGCAGACUUGCACCUGCCAGACAUUAAUCUGAUUGGGGAGUUUGGAGAUGUGACUGAACUUGGCAAGCUGGUGCAGUUGGUGCUUGGCUGUGCUGUCAGCUGUGAGAAAAAGCAAGAGCAAAUACAGCAGAUAAUGACCCUGGAGGAGUCGGUCCAGCAUGUUGUCAUGACAGCCAUACAGGAGCUCAUAGCUAAAGAGCCAACUGUUCCAGGAAGUCCUGAGACCUACGGGGACUUUGACUACCAGUCCAGGAAGUAUUAUUUUCUCAGUGAGGAGGUGGAGGCGAAGGAGGAUCUGGGCCAGCGCUGUCGGGACCUGGAGCACCAGUUGGCAGCUGUCCUGGAGGAGAAGUCGUCCCUGCAGGUGGAGACACAGUCCCUGAGGGAGAAGCUCAGCCUCAGUGACCCACAGGAUGCUUCUACCACCAUCACUGGCAAGAAGCUGCUGCUGCUGCAGAGCCAGAUGGAGCAGCUACAGGAGGAGAAUUACAGACUAGAGAACAGCCAAGAUGACAUGCGUGUGCGAGGGGAGAUUCUGGAGCGUGAUGUUUUGGACCUCACUCACCGUAACGAUGAACUGACCAGCCUUGCCCAGGAGGCCCAGUCUCUCAAAGAUGAGAUGGACAUCCUCCGGCAUUCGUCUGACCGGGUGAGCCGGCUGGAGGCGCUGGUAGAGACGUACAAGCGCAAGCUGGAGGACCUGGGGGACCUGCGCAGACAGGUGCGUCUGCUGGAGGAGCGCAACACUGUCUACAUGCAGCGCACAUGUGAGCUGGAGGAGGAGCUACGCAGGGCCAACUCAGUCCGCACCCAGCUGGACACCUACAAGAGACAGGUCCAUGAGCUUCACACCAAGCAUUCGUCAGAGGCACUGAAGGCUGAGAAGUGGCAGUUUGAGUACAAGAACCUUCAGGACAAGUAUGACGCCCUGCUUAAGGAGAAAGAGCGUUUGAUCUCAGAGCGAGACACACUACGGGAAACCAAUGAUGAGCUCAGGUGUGCACAGGUCCAACAGAAGGGCCUCAAUCAACCAGGUGGAUUAUGUGAGGACUCUGGCACAGUGGGAAACCUGGCCUCUGAGAUGAUGCCCACAGAGUUCAAGGAGACGGUGGUGCGUCUGCAGAGUGAGAACAAGAUGCUGUGUGUCCAGGAGGAGAGCUACAGACAGAGACUGGUGGUGGUACAGGGACAGCUGGAGGAGUCUCAACGCAGCCAGAACACCCUGGAGACACAAAACAGGUUGAACCAGCAGCAGAUCUCUGAGCUGCGGUUCCAGGUGGAGGAUCUCCAGAAGGCUCUACAGCAGCAGGGCAGCAAGGCUGAGGAUGCCAUCUCCUCCCUGCUGAAGAAGAAGCUUGAGGAGCACCUGGAGAAGCUCCAUGAGGCCCACUCAGACCUGCAGAAGAAGAGAGAGGUCAUUGAUGACCUGGAGCCAAAAGCGGACGGCAACAUGGCAAAGAAGAUCGAUGAGCUGCAGGAGAUCCUGAAGAAGAAGGAUGAGGAUAUGAAGCUGAUGGAGCAACGCUACAAGCGCUAUGUGGAGAAGGCCAGGACGGUGAUCAAGACUCUGGACCCCAAGCAGCCGCCUCUGACUGUGUCUCCUGAUGUUCAGGCCCUCAAGAACCAGUUGACUGAGAGAGACCGGAAGAUCCAGCACCUGGAGCAUGACUGUGAGAAGAGCAGGUCCAGACAUGACCAGGAGGAGAAACUCAUCAUCAGUGCCUGGUACAACAUGGUGAGGUAUGGCCCUGCAUCAGAAGGUGGUGGGAGAGAGGUCGGGUCCAUCCAACCAGGCCCAGUCCUUCUUGGCCCAGCAGAGGCAGUCCACCCACGCCAGGAGAGGCCUCGCAGCCCGCCACCAGCCCAGAUAAGACAUAUCAACUCUGGGGGAGGAUGUGAAAAUGAGGCAAAACAUUGUCUAUAUCUUAGUGUUCACUUCUUCCGUACUCCCACUCUCACUGCUCUGAUGCCUUCUCCUCUUGGUGUUUUGUGAAGAUUGCUGCUGCCUCCUGCUGGGCAUCUCUAUUACAUGAUUUUCUGGAGUGUCUGUGAUGCAGAGCUACUUAAUGCACCUUCAAGUGCUUUCAAAGCUGCCAGAACUUUUGAACAAAGAUGAGUCUUGGGUCUAAAUGAGAGCUGGAAUGAAGGAAAAUGAAGUGGCUAGAAAGAAGCUGAGUGACUAAUCCUUUGUCAUGGAAUUAUUAGACAAUGUUUGUCAUUCCGUCCCUUCAUUUCUUUCAAGCCCUCUUUUUAGCUAUAAUGUAUUUGAUGUUUUCUUAAGGUUUAGAUUAGGACAUUAUGAGAAUCAAUGCUUUGGAAGGCCACAAUGAUGACCGAGAUGGAAAGGGAUGAUUUCUGCUGUCAAUAGGGCAGGGAUCUUUACCUUCCCCCUACUACUACUAUAUAUUUUCACGCUUAUUGUCCAGCCCACUGCCAGGCUAAAUAGAUAUUAUCCUCUUACUCUGACAUGGAAACACUAAUAAGAGAGACCUAUGGGUUGAGAUCAUGGUGAAUUUGUGUGAUUUGUAUUAAUUUGUGCCCAAGUCAUUUGGAGAUUCUGGCUAGUGCUGUGUCUCUGACACUUUUAAAUGUACUUGGGGAGAGAGACUGGUGAAGCGCUAGAACAGGGGUGUCAUCCGGAUCCAGAUAUUUUUUUGGGGGGGGGUGUACUCGAUAUACUUUUUCAAUGAUUAAAACCAAGUUUGAAACUGUAGAAAUGAUAAUGGACCUACAUUCAUACAGUUUAUUGACUGUCCAGCUCACAAAUAAUCAUCAAAAUGACAGUCAGGGAGCAUCACUUUUUGCCAAUUUUGAUGUCGAGGAAAUGUUGUUGAAGACUGAAUGUGGCCCCCGGGACAAAAUGGGUUUGGCGCCCCUGAUCUAGAAAAGCUCAAUAAUACGUCUUCGAUAUGAGAGGAACACAUUUUCUCUGCACACACAGUCAUGACCUCUUUAUUUCUCUGUGUUUACUCUUUCAAGCUGUAUCAUCUACUUGAUUUUUCUUCAUUUGUUAUGAGUUGUUUUAUUGUUUGAAGAGCAGGAAGAUUAGCUUUCUAUACUUUUUUUUUCUUUCUAAAUGAACCUCCGCAUUUUGUAGUUGUGUUAGUCUGUAUAAUAAUGUACAGAAAAGCACUCCCUCCCUUUUGAUUAUGCUUAAUUUCCUCUGUUAACCUAUCUACUUUUAAAGACUUUUGUAUCAAAUUCCUGUGUGGUGUUCACAAUUAAUGGUAGAAGUUCAGAAAGACUAGAAGAUAUGUGUCCUCUUCUGUCAGGACCGUUUGACUGGUAGUAUUCACACAGACUAUUGAACAAGGUUUUGUUUAAAGCUGUAAUAUGGGAAUUUAUUAUUUGAAUGAUGGACUAGAUUUGGUUCUUUUUAACUUUAAUUUAUCCCCUCUAAAGAGUUACAGGGUGUUUUAAGAAUUAUAAUUGGUUGCACACAUCACUUUAGACUGAUGUGAAUGUAGGAAACGCUGGUGCUUGUGAAUGUGGGGUUAUUGAUUCACAUUUAAUUGAAAUGUGGGGAAAUCUGGCCACACUGGAGGUUGUUACUGUGUAAUCCUGAAGGGAAAUAAGGUUUCAAGGUAGCAAUGGUAUGUAGCUUUUCUCUCGUUCUCAGCAGAAACACUCAACUAUAGAUGCUUCUGUUCGCUGACACUGGAACUUACCUAGCUAAUGAACAGACAAUGUGUACUCUUUUAAUGGCAGAAUUAUUUACAACUGAAUUUAUGUACAUUUUUACCUAUCCUUUUCUCAAGAUGAACCUGUGAAGGACAACACUAUUGUUGAACACUACAUCUAUCUGAUUACUUUGACAGUAUCCACUUAAACAUGGAACUUAUUUUUGGUACCCAAACUGCUCUCUAUGACUUGUACCUAACCCUCUUAAGUGUGUAACUAUCUGUGCAAUGUUAUUUACCAGGCUAUGAAACCACAACUGUGUGUACAUUUAACUUCACUUAGUGUUUUACUCUUUAAGUAGAUUUGGUGUUUAUUUGGUAUUAAAUCAGGAAGUCUGACAUUUAAUUUCAAAGUAGUAAAUCAACAUUCCAACUGAACUGUUAUGUUCUAGUACUGAGAUGGGGCCUGCGCAAUUCAACCUGUCCUUGUCGUGACUGGAAAUCUGUCAAUGUACUGUCCAAUUGCAGUAUAACUUGACACUGUCCAUUUGCAAUAUAUUACAAUUGGCAUUUACCAUCACAAAUUGGACAUGCAGUUAAAGGGCUUAAACUCUACUGAACAAAUAUAAACGCCACAUGCAAAGUGUUGGUUUCAUCAGCUGAAAUAAAAGAUCCCAUAUAUGUUCAAUACGUACAUCUCUCAAAUGUUGUGCACAAAUUUGUUUACAUUCCUGUUAGUAAACAUUUCUUCUUUGCCAAGACAAUCCAUCCACCUGACAGGGGUGGCAUAUCAAGAAGCUGAUUAAAGUGCAUGAUCAUUACAAAGGUGCACCUUGUCCUGGGGACAAGAAAAGGCCACUAAAAUGUACAGUUUUGUGACAACACAAUGCCAUAUAUGUCUCAAGUUUUGAGGGAGCGUGCAAUUGGCAUGCUUACUGCAGGAAUGUCCUACAGAGCUUUUACCAGAGAAUUGAAUGUACAUUUUUCUUCCAAUGUUGUUUUAGACAAUUUGGCAGUAUGUCCAACAGGCCUCAUAACAGUAGACCAUGUGUAUGAUGAUGUGUGGGUGAGCAGUUUACUGAUGACAACUUUGUGAACAGAGUGCCCUGUGGUGGGGUUAUGGUAGGGGCAGGCAUAAGCUACGGACAAUGAACACAGUUGCAUUUUAUCAAUGGCAAUUUGAAUGCACAGAGAUACCGUGACGAGAUCCUGAGACCAUUGUUGUGCCAUUCAUCCGCCAUCACCUCAUGUUUCAGCAUAAUAAUGCUCGGCCCCACGUUGCAAGGAUCUGUAGACAAUUCCUGGAAGCUGAACAUGUCCCCGUUCUUCCAUGGCCUGCAUACUCACCAAACAUGUCACCCAUUGAGCAUGUUUGGAAGCUCUGGAUCGACAGGUACAACAGCGUGUUCCAGUUCCCGCCCAAUAUCCAGCAACUUCACACAUGUCCAUUAACAAUAUAUAGUAUGAGUCAAACACUGUUGCCUCUCCCUCACUCUUAGGUGGUCAUUUCAGUCUGUCCAUUUCGUGAUGGUAAAUCCCUAUGGACACUGUCCAAUUGCAGUAUAACAUGUUGAAACUGGCAAUAUACUGUAUAUUUCAAAUGGACAUAUCGCAAUGGGCAUUUACCAUCACUAAUUGGACAUGCUGUUACAUUGCUGAAACGCCGACCCGUUGAACUCGGGACGGCCUAACAGUGCUAGAGAUUCCUCUCCCUCGUUUGUUGGUGUUGAUUUCAGCCUGUCAUUUUCAGCCUGUCAUUUUGAUGAUGGUAAAUCACUGCUUAAAUAUAUUGUAAAUGGACAGUGUCUUUUAGACAUGAUAUAAGGCCAGUACCAACAUUUGCAGUAUGAAAUGUUGGCACUGGCAAUAUACACUACAUGACCAAAACUGUGGACACCUGCUCAUCAAACAUCUCAUUCCAAAAUCAUGGGCAUUAAUAUGAACUUGGUCCCCCCUUUUGCUAUACAGCCUCCACUCUUCUAGGAAGCCUUUUCACUAGAUGUUGUAACAUUGCUGCAUGAACUGGCUUCCAUUCAGCCACGAGCAUUAGUGAGGUUGGGUACUGAUGUUGGCCGAUUAGGCCUGGCUCGCAGUCUGCAUUCCAAUUAAUCCCAAAGGUGUUUGAUGGGGUUGAGGUCAGAUUGUGCAGGCCAGCCAGGUUCUUCCACACUGAUCUCAACAAACCAUUUCUGUAUGGACCUCACUUUGUGCCCAGGGGCUUUGUCAUGCUGAAACAGGAAAGGGCCUUCGACAAACUUGGACGCACAGGAUCUUCUAGAAUGUAAUUUGUAUGCUGUAGUAUUAAGAUGUCCCUUCACUGGAACCAAGGGGUCUAGCCCGAACCAGGAAAAACAGCCCCAGACCAUUAUUCACUAUGAAGUGGGGCAGGUAGCGUUCUCCUGGUAUCUGCAAAACCCAGAUUCGGGCUGUCGGACUGCCAGAUGGUGACGUUUGAUUCAUCACUCCAGAGAAUGUGUUUUCACUGCUCCAGAGUCCAAUGGCCCUAACCUUUACACCACUCCAUCUGACGCUUGGCAUUGUGCAUGGUGAUCUUAGACUUGUUGGAAAGGUGGCAUCCUACGAUGGUGCCAUGUUGAAAGUCCCUGAGCACUUCCGUUAGGCCAUUCUACUGCCAAUGUUUGUCUAUGGAGAUUUCAUGGCUAUGUGCUCGGAUUUAUAAACCCGUCAGCAACGGGUGUGGCUUAAAUAGCCGGAGCCACUAAUUUGAAGGAGUGUCCACAUACUUUUGUGUAUAAACUCAGCAAAAAAAAGAAAUCUCCUCUCUGUCAACUGCGUUUAUUUCCAGCAAACUUAAUGUGUAAAUAUUUGUAUUAACAUAAGUAUCAACAACAGAAAUAAACUGAACAAGUUACAUA